UGCUCAGCUCCACGCAUGCUCUGUAAGCAGCCACCCGGCCCACCUCACACACGUGUUUGCAGCCCGCCACGGCGCCUGCGCGGUGGCCCCCCGGAGUCGGCGCCCGCGGACGCGGCUGGUACCUUGACUCCCGCGGUCCUCACGAGCCCGCUAGUGCGCGGCGUCCUGCGCGAACGCCUUGCAAGCCCCGGCGCCAUGGGUCUGAUUUCCGAUUCCGGCCUGCGAGUGGAAUGGAUUGCAGCAGUUACAGUUGCUGCCGGGACAGCAGCCCUUGGUUACCUAGCUUACAAAAGAUUCUAUGUUAAAGAUCACCGCAGUAAAGCCAUGGUAAACCUUCACAUCCAGAAAGACAACCCCAAGAUAGUACAUGCUUUUGACAUGGAAGAUUUGGGAGAUAAAGCUGUGUACUGCCGUUGUUGGAGAUCCAAAAAGUUCCCAUUCUGUGAUGGAGCCCACACAAAACACAACGAAGAGACUGGAGACAACGUGGGACCUCUUAUCAUUAAGAAGAAAGAAACUUAAUGGACAGUUUUGAAGCUGCAGACCAACCUGUCAUGAUGUUAACUGAUUGUUUAGAAUGAUUACUGAUUACCACUUCUCUCUCAUUCACCUCCCCUCGUUAUAGAUGUGGAAUUUUGCCAACCUCAGCUUUCACAUUCAUGGCAUUUGCCUUAUUGUUGAAGAAUUGUGGUGCACAUUUGUUUAAACAAAAAGGAAAAAGGAUAAACCAACCUCAUGGCCUGUGGGUUAUUUUGGUCUUGUAAGGAUCCGUUUAAAUUUGAAAUAAUGGUCUUUAGUGUAUAGUUAUAUCUUGAAGUUAAUGAAUUAAAUUAUUCUCAAAAUCA